GAUGCCGGCCGAAUACACCGAAACAAUAUUGACGUGUGAAGGCGACUACGACGAUCCUCAAAUACAGAAUAGGGUGCACGAAGUCCGCCGAAAACUCGAAUCUCUCCUUCUACCCACCCGACAUUCUUCUUCGGCAGCCAGCAGGCACCGCUUACACGUCAAGAAGGUGGAACCUUGGAAUUCGGUACGCGUAACGCUGAGCGUUCCUCGCGAAGCUGCGAGGCGUUUAGCCCAGCUCGCUCAAACGAACGGUCAAGUUCUGAGGGAUUUGGGAGUAUUAAGUGUAAAUGUUCAUGACGGUGAUCGCGUUCUAUCAUUGACGCUCGCCCCGGAACCAGGUGGUUCGGAAAAUCGAGUCGUUGAGAUUCGAACUCAAUCGUCCACCUCAGAGAGCCAAGCUCAGCCUGCUGAAGGUUCUCUAUCACAGUUCUGCUCAGUGCCAUCUCGUACGCCGCCGAAUAGCGCAAAUAGCGCCCUCCUUGUUAACUUACUGCAAACUGUCGCGAAGACUAGUGAACAUCAGCUACCGCAAUGUUCUUCAAGUAAAGAUCAUCAGUUGGUGUCUGGUGCUGUUGGUGUUUCCCAUGCCGAAUUACGGAAUACAAUAGCACAAGGUCAUGCAGGCAUUCCACCCGAAUUACGGAAUGCAAUGUCCCAAUGUACUUCUACACAAAGUAAUAUGAAUACAAUGAAAGAACAUCAUCCAACGCUUUCGCAUGGUAACAGUUCUGUUCCUCUUGAACUCCGGAAUGCAACUGCAAAAGACCAUCCGCUUGUACAAAGCCAUGCAAGUAGUAUUCCCCCAGAUCUUAGGAAUACGCCCCCAGAGCAGCAUAUGGGGCUAAGUCCUACUGGUGUUCCUCCUGAAUUGCGGAAUACAAUAACACAACUCGCUUCUAAUUCCUCUUCUAAAGAACGCCACGUUACUGUUCCGUUUUCUCAAGCUCAUCACCCUGAAUACUGCAAUCGAGUUCGACCCGAUUUAACUAACAUGAUGAAAGAACAUCAUCAUAGUGGUAUUCCACCUGAUUUGCGGAACGCUACAAAAGAGCAUCCACUUGCUCAAGUAAAUGCUAAUAUUCCUUCUGAACACAGGAAUGCUACAAAAGAGCAUCAACAAAGUAGUAUCUCUCCUGAAAUGAGAAAUGCUGCGAAAGAACAUACAUUGCCUCAAUGCACUUCCGGUAUUCGACUGCAGACUCCGCAGGAACAUCAGCAACAUGUACCUCAGAAUUCUAUGUAUACGGUACAUCACCAUUCAAAUGUGCCUCCUCCUCCACCACUCCAUCACCCGCCGAUGUUUUCCGGCAGGUCAGUUACAGUACCGCAAACAACUGCAAACAACCACCAUCAACAACAACCGCCCACUAAACGAAGGAAGACUUUGGAAGAAUCACCAACUUCCAUGGCAAAUGUCUUACCGACUCCCCCGUAUUCAGCAAGUCCGAAAGAGGCUCCAUCGGACAGUGGGGCACAAUCGCCCGGAGGAACGCCCUCUCCUAAAGUUAACGGGCCAAGUAAAUCAAGUCCGAGUCCCGUUGAAAACGGACCUUCCAAGAUUGAUGCUAUUGCAUGUCGUUUACAGCGACAGCAGCAGCCAGAAGUAAUGACAGUUGGGUGUGUUUUAGCUUCUAAUCAGCCAUCUUCAAAGUCUGGAGUUAUUGGCCAACCGAAGGUAAAAGUGAAUUUGAAGGACGUUUUGAGAGCUCAGGGACCUAAUCAUAAAUCGCCUACGCCCGAUAAACUGUGCGUGAAUAUUUCCAAACUGCUGCAAUGCAACGGUGCUAAUAAUCAUUGAUUGAACAAAAAUUGAUGUCUAUAUUUACAAGUAACAUUAAUACUGAAAACUAAGGUUUCAAUACUCGAAUUUCGUACGUAUAUUUAUAAAUUUCAUCUGCAAAAUCUGUUAUGCUGUUUAGAUACAAUUGAACAUGAAAGUUUAAUAUUUGGCUAAAAAGUUUAAAGAAAGCCUGGUACAAUAUUUUUUUAUAGGGCAUUCAACAAUCAUUAGUUGAGGUAUUAUUAUAUAAUAAAUUCAAAAUUGGAAUAUACAUAUAUACAUAACUCUCAUAGUCUGGUAUCACUUCUUUAGUUUUUUAAAUAUGCUAAAGUAGAAAAUAAGAUAUUCUUUCUUUGAUAUAAAAGUUAAUUUCAUGCAGUUAAAAAUUAUUUUAUGAAAGAUAUGUAUUUUAAAAAAUCAAUAGCUCAAGGUUAAAUGUUUUCCAUAAGAUGACCUUGUCGUGUCUAGAAUGUCAUUGUGUACUCUUGAAUAUAAUUUCACAAACAGGAAAAAAUUAGAAUCAACAAUUUAUCUCCAACGCUAAGACUCUGUUUUAGGGAGAAAAAAAUCGUUUGUUAUAUGUGCAUAUAAUAAACAAGACAGGAAUAUGUUUAAUAAGUAAACACUUGAAAAAAUUGAAUGGAUUCAUAGUUAUUUUCAUUGAAGCUUUGCUUUUUUUUCGUAUUUAAUAAAUAAUUUUUUCAUGUAUAUUUCUACUAAAAUGAAGGUUUAAAACUUCAAGGAAACGUUGAAAUUUUUAGGCGUAUUAUAAUAAAAUUAUAUAUAUACAUAAAUACAGUAUAUAUAUCCUGUAUAUGUCUCUCUCCCUCGCACGCUCAUACCUGCCUGUCUCUAUCUCUCUCCUACUCUCCCUUUUUCUUUCUUUCUCCAUUUAUCUUUCCACUCCUCUCCGUAUCCCCCCCUCCCUCUCUCUCUCUCUAUA